AAUGAAUCAAAUCAUUGAGUGCAGCAGCUCUGAGGUUACUGUUACAGCUCACAUUAAGGCAAGAUGGAUCAAGGGACUGAAGGAGACAGGAAGAUGGCAGAAGAGCAACCCGAGAGCCACUACUGUGUCUGGGCACAUCAACUACAGACUGCAAGGGACUGAAGGAGACAGGAAGAUGGCAGAAGAGCAACCCGAGAGCCACUACUGUGUCUGGGCACAUCAACUACAGACUGCAAGAAUGAAUCAAAUCAUUGAGUGCAGCAGCUCUGAGGUUACUGUUACAGCUCACAUUAAGGCAAGAUGGAUCAAG